CACUAUGAUGCAUCAUUCAUCAGGCAUAAAAGCCGAGAAAAUUGGAAGUUUAUUGAUUUUUAUUUUCUGAUAUGUCUUCUAAUGGGGUUGAUAUAGUUGUUGUGGAUGGAUGGGAUGACUUGAUAGUGCUGCCAUCAUGUUUGGAAAUGAUAUUCCGUAGCAAAAUGAAUUACUUGAAUGUUGAUGGUACAGGCAUCAACAGAUAUGUGCCUAAGAAUUAUUGUAUUUUCAUUUAAGAUGGUAAUCUGGUUGCUGCUGGAAAGAAACCGAUCAUGAUUGAUUAGAGGGAUCAAGUUUGAAAGGUUUUUGCACCAAGGAAUAGCGACGUUGGAAUAAUUUAAAUUGAUCAGUUAACGGUUAAUAGGAAAAAGCAAGAAUGGCAUAGAUAUACGUGGUUAGAUAAUUUGGGUUUGGCAUCUCUGUUACUUUUCGAUGCGUCUUUAGAGUUACCAUAAUGAGGUAAAUGUAUUGAAAAAUAAUAGUAAAAAUUUUAUACUAAAUUGAGGAGUCAAUUUUCAUUCAUGAUUCGUAUCUGAAGAUGCCUUUGAAUGCUGCAUAGUAAUAUGGUAUGGUAGAGAGAGAAAGAAAAGGGCGGAGGGAUGGAAAAGCGGAGGUUGAGGGAAAAUAUUGGCAGCCCGUUGUUUGUGAAUUUUGGCCCAACCAAAACCAUGUAAGAUCUCACUCUCGCUAGUUGGCUGCGCGUGUUCUUGGUCCUUAGUGGCAGUGGCGGGAAAACAUAUUCCUCGAAAUUUUUUCUCCUUUUUCUUUUCUCACCACCAAAUCCGGAAUCCCACCCAAUUUAGGGUUUCGAAUCCUCUGAUUAAUUUGAGUUUGGACGCUUCUCUUCCGUUUGUUACUAAUUACAUUCUCUUUAUCAGUGAAACUGAUUCUGUCAAUGGCGAAAGAGGAAGGCCUGCAAGUUACAAGAAGAACAACUAGAUACUCUGCUUCCAACAAUGCUGUAGAACCAACAAAACCCACUGAAUUCUACAAGCCAACACUCAAUGACCUUGGAUUCAGACAGCAGCCCCUUGGCUUCGAGGAUCUCUUGUCUUGUUUCCCUGGUAGAAGUACUCAAGUUCUUGAGCUUUUGCGCCUUUUGGGUCCCUUGAAUUCCCCCAUGUUUCCGGUUUUGGUCUAUGGAGGUCCUUCUACUGGGAAAACCAGUGUUACUCUCCAGGUAUUCAGGCAUCUAAAUCGCCCCUUCGUCUAUUCCAGUUGUGUUACAUGUUACAAUCCUAGGAUCUUGUUUGAGUCCAUAUUGAACCAGUUGUGGUUUCAUAGGAAGAACUCAGGACAUAGUUAUUCUAGCGUAAAACGUUGUGAGAGGCCAUCUGAUUUUGUUAAUUAUCUUCGUGAAGCCUCGGAGAGUGUGAUUGAUAAUCUCAAGGGGAAUUCAGGGAAAUUGAGUUCUAAGUUGAGUGGACAGCCUAAUGGAACAAUGGUUUACUUGGUUUUUGAUAAUUUGGAGCGUGUUCGAGAUUGGGAUAAAAGUUCUACUAUAUUACCCUUUUUAUUUAACCUUUGUGAUAUUUUAAAGAUGCCUGAGGUCGGUUUGAUCUUUAUUAGCAGCACCUCACCUGAUACAUAUUACUUGAACAUUGGUUAUUUGGAGCCUAUACCUCUUUAUUUUCCUGACUACACAGAAGAUGAUCUUCGUCAAAUUUUUAUGGCAAAUCAAGUCAACCGCAAGUUGUAUACCUCCUUUCUUGAUGUUGUGCUAAGACCUUUCUGUAGAGUUACCAGACGAAUAGAUGAAUUAUCUGCAGCCUUUUCUUCAUUAUUUAAAAAGUAUUCUGAGCCAUUAAGUGACAUGGAAGUUGCACCCAAUGAAGACAUGAAGAGAAGGCUGUUUACUCAUCUUCGGCCACAUAUUACAACUGCUCUGAAUGAAACAUUCCAGGUUCGAUCUCAGCCACUUCUCAAAGCUGAAACCAACCAGGAGACAAAGAAAAAAAACAGUUCAAGAAUGUCAGGAAUUCGUGAAGACUUUGAUAAGAUGGAUUUUCAUAUGUCUACUUCUGCAAAGUAUCUUCUUAUUUCAGCUUUCCUUGCUUCGAGAAACCCAGCUACUCUUGAUGCAUCAUUAUUUGAUUCAACUGGGGUUUCUGAUAGUCGCAAACGAAAGAGGAAGGCCUCUGAAAAAUCAAUGGAGCAAAAGAAAAUGGCAGAGCAGGAAUUGCUUAUGAAAGGGCCAGGAACUUUUCCAUUGGAGAGGCUAUUAGCCAUAUUUCAGUGUAUAACGUCUUUGGCAGAAGAUUCGCUUGAUGAAGAAGGAAGUGAUGAGCUAACAAUUGAAGGAGGGAGUGGUGGACUCAUGUCUGAUGUUCUAUUGCAACUGUCCAGUCUAUGCAAUGCUAAUUUUAUCAUUAAAGGAGGAAGCUGUCCAUUAGAGGGGUCAACUCGAUAUCGUACUGCAGUAAGUGAAGAUUUAGCUUUAAAGGUGGCCAGGAGCCUUAAGUUCCCUUUAUCAAAAUACUUAUACAGGAGAUGAUCUUGAUGCAAAGAGAUGCUUUCAUAUCAUCAUUUCAAUUUUUCUGUCUCGACUGAUUACGGAGGGGCAUCUGGAAAUUUGAAGGUGAUAAUUCCUGUUUAACAUGCUUCUAUUGUGAAGCAUGGUAUGUGAAUAUCAAGUUUGUUAACCUAAUGUCAGUGGCACCAAAUGAAUGAAUUGCCACUAGUAGUCCAUCGCAGUCUGAACUUGCAAAGGCAUUUGCAGAGGAAUACUGUUUAGAUCUGAGAGAAAAUCAGUUUCUGAACAGUCAAUAGUUGUAUCUUGCUAUUAGUUUUCUAUGUUACCAUUAUGAUUAUUUAGGGCUCUAAGAUGCAAAUAUUCUCUUUUAAUUUUCUGAACUCUGUUUCCUUGAACUCGUUGGUUCUCUAAUUUUCUUGUUUUUAAAGUUUCUUGCCUUGUGUUUAAGGUUCUCAUGACAUUCCCUAGCAAAUAAUGGGGUAGAAGAUGUGAUUGCACUGUGGUUCCCUUGUGUUCUUUUGUUUCUCCAUUUGUUUUGAUGAACAUUUUUGCACCCUGAAAAAAGUGGUUCUUGAAUGAAUGCAAACGACAACUAGCAUACAAUGUGAAAAAGCUUAAGCACCAAAAUCUCUAGAAGCCUACAACCAGAAAAUGGCUUUCGGAAUCUAAUUGUGAAUAAUCAAUCUCUCUCACAUGGAAAUGGACUGUCGACACCCUCUUUUGCCAUCCAUUAAUUAGUCUAUAGACUCCAUCAGGGCAUUCGUAAUCAACUUUCCAUGCACGUGCUGAUGCUAUACAGGAAAUAACUACACAGACAGAAAACAUUCAAAGAAGGAAGAAAAAAAAAAAACACCCAAACACAUCAAAGUGAAUGAUUUUGGUAUUUUUUUUGUCAACAGUUUCUCAGACGGCAGAAUUUGGAAUCAGAAUAUUGACCAAUAUUGCCUAUAGACAGACUAUAGGUUUAGAAUAGGUCAAGAAACCUAACUACUCCCAACCAUAUUGGGCCGUCCACCUAAAUUUAGCCAACCUCUCUUAAAUAUUUUUUCCCUGGCCCUCAGUUUUCCAAUGGAAGCCAUAGUCUUUACUCCUAGGAAAACUUUGGGGAUAGCCUAACAAAAUUCCAGCAAUAUUUUAAGUUUUUUUUUUUUUUUUAAUUUAAAGUUAUCAAGAAUUAAAUAUUGGUUAUUAAAAUAAAGAGUUUAAUAUUGUACUAAUAAAUUAAGGGAUUAAUCUAAAAGGAUUUUGUGACAUUAAUGUAAAAAGAGAAAGAAACUAUGACUAAUUAAUUAGUUAUAUAUCAACUUAUUAUCACAUACUAUUUUAAAAAAAAUAAUUAAAAUGUUUUAGUAAUCAAGUCAAAUUCGGGUUUUGUAAGAUUCUUAACUUCAUUAUCGAGGAGGUUUAAAACUUAAAAGCCGUUUAAAACAUACCAUAGAGUUUUAAGAUAUCCCGCCAAAUACUUUAUUAUUUCUCAAAAUUUUUAAACUAAAGUGUAUAAUGAAGAAGAAAAGAGAGAGAGACAAGUGUCAGAUUCAAUAAAUUCGACCAACAAAAUCCUAUUCCCAGUUUUCUUUGCCCCCAAUUCU